AGUGAAGUCUUGUUAAUUUUGUUUUGUUUACAAUUUUUUCGUAUCAGUUGGUGGUUAAUUUUGUUAUUUUACUAUAAUUUUCUAGUUUCUUGUAAAUAAAAAUAUUGAUUUUAGUGUACAAAAUGGCUGACAUAAUAGAAAAUAUAGAGAUAGACAAAGAUACUGUUUCACCAGAGGAACUAAAUACUUUGUUCAGUAAAAAUUACAAUUUGUUAGCUGAAACAGCAGUCACACUGAAGAAAACCUAUAUUAAUAAGUUAAGCGUUUCAAAGUCUCAAAACAUAGCAGUCAGCCUACUAGACAAUAGUAUAGAAGUAUACAGACUGGAACAGAGCUCCCUCUGCAAAGUGUGCCGUCUCAGUGGCCACAAGAAGACCCUCACGGAAGUAGUAUUCAGCCCUAAGGAAGAGCACUUGUUGUACUCCGCUGGACAUGAUGGUGUCAAGCUGUGGGACACUAGGACUAGCGGCUUGUGUGUACAAGAAUAUAAAGAUGAACCAGAUGCUUCCCCUCGUGCAUAUGAAUGCAUGGACGUGUCAUGCACAGGCCGCGUCAUAUGCGCGGGCAGUCAGAUGGUUCUGGAUGAUGCGUACAUGGUGUUCUGGGACCAGAGGAACCCGGAGCCACUGGGGGGAUAUUGGAAUUCACACACUGAAGAUAUUACACAGGUAAAAUUCCACAAAGACAAAUCAGAAAUCCUAGCAUCUGGUUCCCAAGAUGGCCUCCUCAACAUAUACAACAUAGCAGAACCAGCCGAAGAUGAUGCCUUAACAUACUCUCUUAACAUAGAAAACUCUGUAGAGAAAAUAACUUGGUUGAGUGAUAACCUGGUCUCCUGUGUUACUCAGUCCAAUGAUUUGCAGCUGUGGGACACCAAUAGUGGAGACAGGCUAAAGAGUUAUGAUAGAGAAAAAAUUGCUAGGAGCAUUAAGAGAAGUCGAGCAGAUGACUGCUACGUGGUGGACGCUUACAUGGCGGCUGGUGACUCCGCGGUCAUAGUGGCCGGCUCCUAUGGAGGGGAGGGAGACGUUCUCAGAUCAGUAGUAGUGACGGAAAAACGGCUGCAACCAUCCACUAACUUUACCAAAAAUAAGCAAACCGUCAGAUGUUGUGCUUACGACAAACAUAGAGAUUUACUGGUUACGACGGGCGAGUCGGGCCUCAUCGACCUGUGGAGCAGCGAUAAGCCCGACGAGGAGGCGGUGGCCAACAAGCUGACUGCCAGUCUGCGCUUACACGACAAGAGACACAAGCCUUACUGACAUCCUCCUUUAUGCCACAAGCUCUAGACGUGUUGAUACGAGAAAUAGUAACAUGCGGAAUAAAUCUAUUCUCAAAACA